UGUAACUGAUUUGACUUCUCGAGUCAACACAUCCCAUGAUAUUAUCAAUGUGAACACAGUGGGUUCCUGUUGGAGCCCUAAUUCAGUAAAUCGUCACACUCCAUUUUCAUCGUCAAGUGUGAAUCGUGUGUGUUUUGUUGUUUGACUAUGCGAAGAUGAAGCUGAAUUUGACGUUUUUGGUUCCUCUGUUUCUAAUAUUAAUAAUCGUAGUUCACUGUGUUAACUCGGAUCCUGAGGUGAAGAAGAAUGCACACGAUGAUUUAGGUACAGAAACAAGAACAAAGACAGACCCGAAAGUUGCUUUAAACGAGAACUCAAGCACAUCGGGCUCGAAUAUAGAAUCUAAGCCAGUGAAUCCUGAUCCUUCAAAGAAGGACAAAGUUUCAAAUGAUGUCACAAAUGGUAAUGUGGACAAGACUACUAAGAGUGUUCCAAGUAAGCCAUUAGUGGAUAAAGAAACUGGUAAUUUGCAAAAGGGUUCAAAAGAUAAGGACUUGGUGGACAAUGUUGAGAAUAAAAGUGAAACAGAUAAUGGGUCGGGAUCUAAAGGUGUGCCCAAGGAGGAUAACUUGCCAAACAUGAGGAAGGGAAGUUUUCGAGGCGAACAAUGUGAUUCGUCUUUCAAGUGCACAAUUGGUAAUGGUGAAAAUCAUGGAAUGAUUGCUUGUCUAAGUGUUCCGGGAGAUGAGUCUACAGAAGUUUCCCUUAUAAUCCAGAACAAGGGAAAGGGCCCGCUCGAUGUAAAUAUUAGCGCUCCUAAUUUUGUUCGCUUGGAUAAACCAAAAGUUACAAUCCAAGAAAACGAUGACCAAAAGGUUAUGGUCUCUAUAGGAGAAGGAAAAACCGAAAAACUUAUAACUCUAAAAACACUUGAAGGCAGUUGCAGUCUCGAUUUUAUGGAUUUUCUUACGCAUAAUCCCAUGAAAAAGUCAAACUAUGCGUCGCAGUUGACUUACACGAGCCUCUUCAGACGGACUCCGUUUCUUGGACUCUUAUCUCUAGCUUUAAUACUAGUAAUAGUAUCGGUUGUGGUUUGUGUAACCUAUCAAAAAAGACGUUUUGUGAACAGUGGUGCGAAAUAUCAGAAACUGGACGCUGAGCUCCCGGUUUCAGGUGGGCCCAAGGUUGACUUUGACCAAAAAGAUGGAUGGGAUGACAAUUGGAGCGAUGAUUGGGGUGAUGUUGAAGCGCCCAGUACUCCCUCUAUGCCUCUUACUCCGAGCAUUUCCUCUGCUGGUGUUUCUUCAAGGCGAGUUAAUAAGGAUGCCUGGAAAGAUUAAAAUUAUUAUCAUGAUUAUGCAUUUUUAUUACAAUCUCUGAUCAUAUCAAUACGCGAUCAACAUGUCAAGCAUUUUGAUGUACCAUUUUUCAUGAAAAACGACGGGAUUUGUAGGUCGAAGGUAGAGUUUCUUGUCGUGUAGUCUUAUCUGUGGGUUUUUGAUCAUUUGAUUUAGGGUCAUUUGCUGCGAUAUUUCUAUAUAUGUUUCAGUUAUGAAGUAAAUUCUUGUCAUUUAUGUGGAUAUUGGGUCACAUAUAUUGAAGAUAAAGGGCAUUCAUUGCAAUUUGAGACAAACAUGAAGGACGAAAAGUGUAAUUUACCCUUU